UAUGGUUGAGUAGUAGACUCUCCUCUAUGGUUUCAUAGAGUCUUGCUAGUGCGCUCGGUUUCCAAUCAGCAGCGAAUGCGGUGCGUAGUAAUCAGGGGAGCGACUGAGGAAGAGAAAGAGAACGCCCAAGUGUAAAUGAUGAACAUUCGUCAUCAUUUUGCGCGGUUUCCGCCGACUGUCACCUGCUGGUGCUCGUAGCUCGCUGAAGAGUCAGCUAUAUUAUGAGGAACAGGAUUAGGCUUAUGGGAUCAAGUACCGUUGAGUGUGUUUGUCCCUUUUGCUGUGUAUUUCAAAACUUAGAAUCAACAAGUGUCUUAUAGAAAGCUCAGCGUAUUGCGUCCCAAUGAAAAUAAUAAUAACUUUAGUGACAGGUACUUAACGGAUAAGAUGAGUGCUGCUGAAAAUGGCCGCAAGGGAAAUGAGGAGGGAGAAGAAAUGAGCCAAGAGAAGCUGCAACAGCUGCAAGAUCUGGUGCAAAAAAUGGAUCGUGCAGAGACAAGACUCUGGAGUUCUAUUGCACGACUGCAUAAUCUGGAAGCUACACUAACUGUUCUGCAGGAAGCUGAAACAUUGAUUUUGGAAGUGAACGAAAGAUUAGAGAAGAAAAUAAUUAAUAGGAAUGAUAACAGAAGCUGCACGGACACAAGCAGUUCCAAAAUUAAUUUAAAGGAUAUCAAUAAAUCCAAGAAUAUUAAUCAUGUAUAUGACAUAAGUAGUGGUGACAAGAUUUGUUGCCCCAUUAAAACAAGUACUAAAAGUAAUUAUAAAAGUAGAAGUACCACUAAAUCAAAAAAUUGCAUUGAGAACAAAUUCAGGGAAGAUACCAAAAACAUACUAUCUGGAAAUUAUAAACAAAGUAAUCCUCACACCAGUUCAAAGAAUAACAUAGAAAGGUUCUCCAAAAAUAGUAGUAACAACAAUGACAACUACACAAUCAAGAGGCCCAUUGAUAUGCACAGACCUGUGAAUAACAACAAAAGCAAGUCCAGAGAGAACUCCAGAAAAAAACAUAAAUGCAAAUAUUACAAGCACAGUAGGGAUUAUAGAGAAACCAAGCACAAAUACAGGCAUAGCAAGAGCAAAGAUAUAACUACUAGUAACAGUUCAGACACAAUUAAAUUUUGCAAUAAAGGUGUGCAGUUAUUAGGGUCUGUGGGAGCUAGCAAUCCAUGUAUUAAUCCUAAAGAAAAGUCUUUUGCAGUUUGUCAAAUGGAAACCUCCAAAUCUUCUGAAAAAAAUUCAAAUAAACAGCAUUUGGGAAAUGUAAGUAACUUGUACAAUCCUUAUGUAGAAAUUGAAUUUUGUCAAACUUCAGACAAAGCCAAUAAAAUUUCAAAGAAGGCAGGACAUAGUCUCGAUUUGAUAAAAAAUGAACAGAAGACUGCCAAGGAGAAUGAUGCCCUCAUGUACAAACUUGUAGGCCAAGAAAAGGAAGAAACUUUCUCCAAGCCCAAUGUUGCAAAUCACAGAAGGAAAUAUGAAAACCAACUAUCAGAGAUGCUAAAAGUGCAGGACUUCCAAACUCCAGUUAAGACAACGAAAGAGGCUUUCUCUACCUCCAGAAUUGUAAAUUAUGGUAUCAAAUGUGAAGAACCAAAAGUCCAGACUUCCAAGCCUCCACUACAGAAAAUCGAAGAAAUUUCCUCCAGUCCCUGCACUGCAAAUGGUGGUAUUAAACCCUCUGAGAGAACAGAAAAACAUAACUUCAAACCUCAAAUGAAGAGAAAGAAAGAAUAUUCUUCCACCUCUGCAAGUAAUAGUGUCAAAUGUGAGAAACCUUCAGAGCAACCAGACAUCCAGAACUCCAACCAUCUAAUAAAGAGAAAGAACGAAUCUUCACCCUCUCCCAGCUCUGCAUAUCAUGGUAACAAGUGUGAAAAGCUACCAGAGGAAGCAGAAAUCCAGAGCUCCAAACAUCCAAUGAAGAGAAACAAUGAAUCUCCUUCCAUCUCUGCAAGUAUUAGUGUCAAAUGUGAGAAACCUCCAGAGCAACCAGACGUCCAGAGCUCCAAUCAUCUAAUAAAGAGAAAGAACGAAUCUUUGCUCUUUCCCAGCUCUGUAUAUCGUGAUAUCAAGUGUGAGAAGCCACCAGAGGAACCGGAAGCCCAGAGCUCCAAACAUUCAGAGAACAGAAAGCAAGGGAAGAGAAAGAAGCCUGCAGAUGAUCAUGUGGAUGGGUUACCUAUUCCAAUCCUCAUGAAUGGAAGAAGAUUUGCUACUGCUUCUUCUGUCAAAGGAAUUUUGAUGUAUCCUCCUGCCUGGCAGAAGCAUCCUGAUUCCAGAGCUGGCACUGACUAUGAGAUGAGAGGUUCACACAUCCCUUUUGAAAUACCAGUCUACCCGUAUGAUGCCUGCACCAUACAAACGAAUUUUUCUGGCCCUUCAAGUUUUCCUUUACCUGGAUACUCUGCAAAUUCAGCUACCACCAGAACCCCUCUUGUUCCAUUGACAAAUAUUUUGUUUCCAGAGCAUUUUUCAAGUUCAGAGAACAAUCACUAACACAGCCCAUUCUUGCCCACCUCCACUUUCAAAUGUUCCUGUCAAAGAGCACCCUCUGGAUUUGCUGAGCAAUGUUGUCAACUCCCAAACACACACAUCAAAUUCAGAGCAUAAACAAGCUCUCACUCAAACACUGCUUUUGCACGAUCCUCUUCCUUUACCACCAGCAAGUGUUUCAUUAUCACAGUUGCAUUGUAGUCCUGCUGCCACCAAAGAACUUCCGCUCCACCAUCAAAUAUUUCAUUUUCAGAGUCCUUUAAACAUUCGCAGUGUAAUCCUGCUGCCACGCAAGCACCUUCAUUGCCAAAUGUCUUUUCAAGGGCUCUCUGUAGAUUUACAGAGCAAUGCUGACAACAUACAAAUUUACCCAUCCACUUCAGAGGGUAAUAAUGCCAACAAGAAAACACUAUUUUCGGAUAAACACCCUUUACUUCCACUGUCAAGUGUGUCAUUUCUGGGACACUAUUCAACUUCACGGUACAAUCCUGUCAUUAGUCCUGCACUUCCACUUCCACCGAAAAGUGUUCCUUUUUCAGAAUGCCCUCCAAAUUUGCAGAGCUUUGCUGUUAACUCCCAAACAAGUUUCUUGCCUGGUGUCACCAAAUCAGGCGUAACUUUCCUAGAGUAUCCUUCAUGUUCUCAGUGUCAUUCCUUCAGCGUCCAAGCUUCUCUGCGUUGAAGUUGUGUGACAUUUCUUCCAUUACGUUUUCCUUUUCCGGGCCUGUGACCUGUAAUCAACACAUGCCCACUGAUUUCGGGUUGUUUUUUGCCAAAUCCACUACAAAGUUUAUGUGCAAUGUAAUACUGUCGCUAUCUCUUUCUGGAAAUUACAUUUCAACAGAUCCUCUCUUCUUAUAUUCAUUCUCUAUGUCCAGUAGAUGCCCUGUUGUUUCAUAACAAUGAAAUGAUGUCUGAUUAAAUUUUAAACUGUGUCUCAAAUGAACACUUAACAA